AUGGAGAUGGAAAGCCGAAGGAGACAAGACCACCAAAUGGAGAGCCAUGAAGAAAGCUCCGAAGAGAAAAGUCCGCAUCAAGAAACUAAUGCAGAAAAUAAUCAACAAAUGCUGACGUCUGGCAAAGAAGUUGUUCAGUAUGAACCAAGUAAAAGAAAAGAGAAGACAGACAAGGAAGAAAGGAAUGAUGAAAGCAAAAAAGUGAUUAUAAUACCUGAUCCGGUUAGGCAAGUUCGCUCAAAGAGCAUGGUGGAAAUAAGGAAACCAAAAACGUACACGACCUCUUUUGCAUCUACAUCAAAGAGGGCCGUGGUGCCAAAGCCGGUGGAAAAUUUUGUGCCACAAAUUACAGUGCCUCAACCCUUCAACGUAUCCAUAAGGUAAAC